CCUACGUGAAAUAUUUAUCUUGUCAAGAAAACUGCAUGUCAUUGCAUAUCCAUUUUAUGUGCUCUGGGACAACAAGCGUGUGAGGGGAAAUGCAGAAAUUUCGUAAUGAUGUUACUGUAGCCAUUUCUUGAUAGUGAUAGCUGAAGGACGGAGAUGCGGUGGAUGUUUGGUUCAGGGAUACACGCAGGUCAAAGCGUUGGCAGGCGUGGCGGUGGGCUGGACUAGGCUGCAAUGAACGACGACAAACGGGGGAUGUGCAGCGAGCGGGAGACAUUAAAAUAUCAGGAAUCAAGAGGGAUAUAGCAACUUAUUAUUUUGAAAUACAAUAUUAUUUCCGAACUUUUUAUUUUAUCAAUGCACUGUUCUAUAUAAUUUAGAACUGCCUAUUAUUUUCUUAAACAUAGGCGUAGUCUAAAAGCAGCUAUAUGCUCAGAGGACAAGGCGUUGGAGAAUGCUGUAAGCUCUCUCCUAUCUCCUUGUCGUAGUAACCUCCUCUGAGCCGAGACACUAUGAGCACCUCUUCCAGUCCAAAGGGGACCCCGGUCCAGCAAAGCCCUACCGAUGGGGAGGGCGCGGACACGGACACCCUGCAGUCACCCCUGCAGUCCACCCCGUCCACCAGUCAGAAGAAGCGUAUCUCCAGUCUUCUGCAGAGCCCAUCCUUUAGAGAAGAGCUGGAUGUGCUGAUCCAGGAACAGAUGAAGAAAGGCGGCAGUGCCUCGAACUUGUGGGCUCUGCGGCAGAUUGCAGACUUCAUGUCCACUCAUGGCUCUCCUGCUGCCCUACCUGUUUCUUCCUCAAAUACGUCCAUGGUCACCCCCAUUAAUGACAUGCAAGGAUGGGAACCGGGCACCUUGGCAAAAGGGGAGCGUCUGAUGCGUUGUAAGCUGGCCAGUGUGCAUCGCCUGCUGGACCUGUAUGGCUGGGCCCAGCUCAACCGUGCAUGCCUCACGAUACGUGUGAGCAAAGAACAGGAGCAUUUCCUGGUGCUGCCGGACGGUCUGGCUUAUGGGGAGGCCACAGCAUCCAACCUGGUGAAGGUGAAUAUUCUGGGGGAGGUGGUGGAGAGAGGCAGCACUACUCUGGGUGUGGACCUGGCAGGAUUCAGUCUGCACUCAGCCAUCUACUCGGCCCGUCCUGAUGUCCGGUGCCUGUUGCACCUCCACACACCGGCCACUGCUGCGGUUUCUGCCAUGAAGUGUGGCCUGCUGCCCCUAUCCCAUGAGGCAUUGCUGGUGGGAGACGUGGCCUAUUUGGACUACAAUGGGUUGAUGGAGGAAGAGCAGGACCGGGUGGAGCUGCAGAAGAGUCUGGGGCCCACUUGCAAGGUGCUGGUGUUGCGGAACCAUGGGAUUGUGGCUCUGGGAGAGUCGGUGGAAGAGGCCUUUUAUACUAUCUACCACAUCCAGGCUGCCUGUCAGAUUCAGGUGUCAGCAUUGUGCUGUGCAGGAGGGGAACAGAACCUCAUCAUGCUGGACCGGGCCACCCACAAGCCCAACCCCACAGGCACCGUGGGCUGGGCCGGCUCCACGUUUGGCCCACUGCACAAGAGUCGUCUGGGGGAGCACGAGUUUGAGGCUCUGAUGAGAACCAUGGACAACCUGGGCUACCGCACUGGCUAUGCCUACCGGUUCCCUGUGCUGCUGGAGCGCUCACGGACCAAGCGGGAGGUGGAGAUCCCGGCCACUGUCACAGCCUUCAACUUCAAAGAAGAGGGAGGGAGCCCCCACCCACGCCUCCACCCCCACGCACAGAAGCAGCAGCAGGAGAGGACGCGGUGGCUCAACACCCCUAACACGUACCAGAAGGUUAACCAGGACCAGGCCAGCCCUGGGCAUCAGCGCACAACGGUGAGCUGGUUGAAGUCUGAGGAGAUCACCCAAACCAGUGGGACAGCCAUAAAGAUUGAGAACCCCAAUCAGUUUGUGCCACUCUUCACCAAUCCAAAGGAAGUACUGGAAACAAGGAACAAGAUUCGGCAGCAGAAUCGCCAGGACAUGAAGACAGCUGGACCCCAAUCCCAAGUACUCGCAAGUGUCAUCACGGACAACAGUCCACCAUCCCCAGAGCCACUACCGGAGCCCAGCACCCCUGAGCCUGAGCCCCCCAACCCUUUCAACGAGCUCACGGACGAGGUGCUGGAGGAUUAUCGAGCGGAGGUCCAGAAGAAACAGCAGAGUGGAGGAGAAGACGGGGAGGAGGCCAAAGAAGCUGGGACUCCCCCAGCUUCCUCCCCCACAAAGGUCCCUUCCCCCAGCAAACCCCCUCCUGAAGAUGGCUCGAAACCCUCCGAAGCCAAUGAGGUGGUGAAAAACGGCAGUGCGGAGGACGAGAAGCAGCAGCAGGAGGAGCUGGAGAAAGGGAUGAAGGCUCUGACCACCAACGACACCGCUCCCCCCACCACACCCCCAAACAAGCCAGCCGGCAUCACCCCCGAGGGCUCGCCCUCCAAGUCCCCCUCGAAGAAGAAGAAGAAGUUCAAAGCUCCGUCCUUCUUGAAGAAGAGCAAGAAGCAAAAGGACAAGGAGAAGGUGGAGAAGGUGGAGACCUGAAGGGAACUCACAGACAAUGACACACACACACACACACACACACACACACACACACACACACACACACACACACACACACACACACACUCACAUAUUCACAUGCGUCAUCUUCACAUUGAGAAUGUUGUAAACUCACUCAGUCGCACAUCUUGGUAUUCACCUCUUUCUUCAUAUUACUUCUUUCUCACACAUACAGCUAUUCAUACAGCAAUUACUCCCCCCUAAAGGAAUGUUUGAAUUUUGAGUUGACUUCACAACAAGCACGAAAAAUAAUGCAAACCGAUGCACCAGGCAAGAACCAUGUACACGGAAAACAGUAAUGUUCCAAAUUCACAUUAACCUCUCAUGGCUCAGCAUAACCAUGCACCUAACACUUAUAUUUUGAAAGAAAACAAAAGAAUGUUAGAAAAAACACUCAUUGUAUGUCCAUACUACUCAAUCACUUGAUGGUCACAGACUUAAGAUGUGUGCUAUACACAGGUCAGUGCAGGUAUUAUGCAGAUGUAAUCCUUUGCCCUUAAAUGAUAAUUGAAUUUCAUGUCUGAACUGCAGGGAAAGUACAAAUGAAAUGAAAUCAUAAUCUUGGGUUUUGUUUUUGGUCAAAGGAACAGAAACAUGCAGUUUGAAAAUGUCCUGAAUGACUGAAAGCCCAACUCUGAAAGGCACUAUACAUUCCACUCUCUUUUCUUUUUUUCGUAAAGAUGUAUGCAAAGUGCUCCUCACAGCUGUAAUUAUUUUUAUUGUCUGUUACUAUUAUUUAAAUGCUUUUGUGUCUAUAUUUGCUGGGAUAAAAUGUUCAUGUCAUAUUAGAAUGUAAAGUGGUUACUGCUAGGUUCAAAUGUACCAACCAUUAAAGAUGAAAGCAAUCCAAACCGA